AUGCUGGAGUUUGCCCAUAUCUGUCGCCAAAUUGCUGAUAUUUUUAGUCUCAUAACUAUAACAACUGAUCCAAAAUUUAGUGGCCCCAUAAAUAAUGUAACAGUUCCGGUUGGACGUGAUGGAACAUUAACCUGUGUAGUGCAUGAUUUAUUGGCAUUUAAGGUAGCCUGGUUACGGGUCGACACCCAAACCAUACUCAGUAUACAGAAUCAUGUUAUAACCAAAAAUCAUCGUAUUAGUAUCAGUCACACAGAACAUCGUAUUUGGCAGCUGCGUAUACGUGACGUUCAAGAGUCAGACCGGGGCUGGUAUAUGUGUCAAAUAAAUACCGAUCCUAUGAAAUCUCAGGUAGGUUAUUUGGAUGUUGUGGUGCCGCCCGAUAUAAUAGACUAUCAGACCAGCAAUGAUAUGGUGGUGGAGACAGGACAAAAUAUAAGCCUAACCUGUACAGCUACGGGACUGCCAGCACCCAUUAUAACAUGGCGCCGAGAAAAGGAUUUACCUUUGUAUACAGAAAAUGGCCGUCAUAUCUAUAGCACAGAGGGUCCCAAUUUAACAUUAUAUCAAGUGACACGAGAAACAAUGGGUGCUUAUCUGUGUAUAGCAUCUAAUGGUGUGCCGCCUACCGUUAGUAAAAGAAUAUCUUUGAUAGUUAAUUUUUCCCCUGUUAUUUGGACCCGUUAUGACACCAUUUAUGUGGGCUUUGGUCAAAAAGUUAUUUUAGAGUGCAUUUCUGAAUCACAUCCUACUUCCGUUAACUAUUGGCUCAAGGAUAAGGAAUUUUUACAAGGCGGUUCCUAUGAAACAGUUUUACAAAAUAAUAUUUAUAAAAUUGUUAUGCGCUUGGCUAUACGUCCAACAAAAUCUAACGAUUUUGGUGAAUAUAAAUGUGUGGCCAAAAAUAUGUUGGGGGAAAUGGAACAGAGAAUAACACUGCAUCACAAGGCCAAAAAGAAUCAACAGCAUGCAUAUCAAACCAAUAGCAAAGACAAUCAAUUUAUAAUCAUAGAAGAAUUUAUAACCGGCCACAAGGAAACUCUUCAACCUAAUUUAUGGUAUUUAAUAUUAAUAAUAUUACAAAUAAUCUUUGCAAUAAAAUUUUAAAUUUUACAAACAGAAAAAAA